AUAUUGUCCCGGUGAAACACGUGUUUGGCGAACAUUUGUUCCACGAUUGAGAACAGCUCGAAGAAAAACAAGAUGGCGUUUGACGGACAAUACGUUGUUUUGGUUAUUAUAGUUUAUUGGGCUUAAUUACAACGUCAUGUACACAUGUACGUCGUUUAAUAGAGUAAACAUCGUUGAUAAUUGUUUGUGUCCGGAUACAUUAGUCUGAGUGCACUUUGACGUGCUAGCCUAGCCUAGCUUAGCUUGUUAGCUGCUAACAAAGAGGGAACUUAUCGACACCGCAAAGCAGAGAUCCAUUCAAGAGUACGAGGAGGAACUUUGUCCAACAAAGGAGGAGAAGGAGCGACAACAUCAACUACUGGACGCUGUUUUUCAAGAAACAUCAAGUUGAGUUACACAGAACAGACGAAAGUGAAGAACAUCUACUCCCUAAGCAACAGGAGUGACGCUUCAGGAUGGAUAAGGAGGAGCCACAACCCUCCCACAUUGAGGAAGAAGAGGCGCCACAGACACAGCACAUUAAAAAGGAAAAAGAUUACCCACUGGCCUUGUAUUUUAAAGACGAAAUGGAGGCAGAAGAGACCCCGGACAAUAAAAAACAAAAUGACCCUCUGACCUCCCACUUGAAAGAUGAAGAGGAAGAGCCACAGUCCCCCCACAUUAAGGCGGAAGAGGAGGAACACAGCAUCAGUCAGGAGGGAGAGCUUCUUGACUGGUUGGAGGAGUUCCCAGUGAUUGUGAAGAGUGAAGAUGAUGAGGUCAAAAGUGAAAGUGAGGAGAAGAGAGAGGCGGAGCCUCCAAGCAGCAGCUCAACUCAACACAUGACAACAGAAGCUGAUGGAGACCACUGUGGAGGAUCACAAGCAGACAAGAUCUUAGCUCCACUAUCAGAUAGUGACGACACAACGUCUCACUCUCCCGACACUGAUGAUGAAGACUCGAAAAAUGAUAAGACAUGUCACACUGACAACACACGCUUGACAUGUUCUUUCUGUGAUAAAACUUUUAGUUACCGUGGUAACCUAAAAGUACACAUGAGAAUACACACUGGAGAAAACCCUUUUUCCUGUUCAGUCUGCGGUAAAAGAUUUGGACGGAAAAAUGUGUUGAAUUUACACAUGAAAACACACACUGGAGAAAAGCCUUUUUCAUGUUCAGUAUGUGGUAAAGGAUUUGUACAAAGAGGUGAUCUGAAAGUACACAUGAGAAUCCACACUGGAGAAAAACCGUUUUCCUGCUCAAAAUGUAGUACAUGUUUCCAACGAAGUGGUAAUUUGAUAGUACACAUGAGAAAGCACACGGGAGAAAAGCCUUUUUCAUGUUCAGAAUGUGGUAAGAGUUUUAUAGAAAGUGGUACGUUAAAAACACACAUGAUAAUACACAUGAGAGAAAAACCUUUUUCAUGUUCAGAGUGUGGUAAAGGUUUUACAAAAAGCCGUGAGUUGGAAGUACACGUGAGAACACACACCGGAGAAAAACCGUUCAUGUGCUCUUAUUGCAGUAAAAGAUUCACCCAGAAGACAAAUUUAAUAAGACACACAAGAAUACACACUGGAGAAAAACCUUUUAUCUGUUCAGUAUGUGGUAAAGGUUUUACACAAAGGGACUCUUUGAAAGCACAUACAAUAAUACACACAGGGGAGAAAGUGUUGAGUUGCAGUGUGUGUGGUGAAAGAUUCUCGUCUAAGUACCAGUGUAAGAAACACAAGUGUGCUGGUGAGAACAGCUGCAGCAAAUGAAGAUGCAGGAUUUGAAAAAAACGGUCAACUGUCCUUUAAAAUUUAAACAAUUUGUUGUGCAUUGUUUAAUGUUAGAAAAUCAUAUUUGAUGGAGUGCAUUGACAUUGAUGAGUGAACAGAAUAUAUUGACUGGCUCAUUAACAUUAACUAAUGAGGCUCUGACUGCAGCUGGGACUGCUGCGCGAGGCUACUGUCCACCUGGCUGAUGACUUUUUGCAUUUUUCCAAAACAUCCCCAAAAAGUGGCUAUGUUUGUCGCUAGUCACUUUUGUUAAAAAAGAGUUAAAAAGUCUACAGAUUUAUCAAAGUCAUUACAGAGAAAUCACUGUAGGGGUUGUGGGAUAUAUUCCCUUACUUUGUAGUUCAUACAUCACAUUCACAGCUCAGCAGCCAUUGUUUAAUCAAAAACAUAAAAACAUUUAAUAAAUGUCACUUUUCACUCUA